CGUUCCGUACGGUUUCCUUGUCGUUCCCGCCACUCGAAGCCUAGUCGAAUUUCUGUCUGAUCUCUGCUGUCCGUUCCUACCCAGUGAAGCAGUCGCGUUUCUGCGUUCGCGUUCAUCGUGCGUUUGUAGGUUGCGUGCCUCUUCGAACCGGUCGGCUUGCUCGCGCGCGCGAGAGGACGAGCAAACUUGGCCGGAGAUAAAGCGAUAGAACUACCGUUGUUGCGAUCAGGCGCUAUAAUCGUCGAUCCGCUUCGAUAAAUAUUCGUCGCGGCUCUACAAAGACUACAAUUGACGGAUAACUCGCGUUCCCGCGCUAGAUCGUGACCCAGAAUCCGAGGCUCGCGUGUGAAUCUGCGAAUAAAGAAUUGGUCGGGACCAAAGUUUCAAAUACCAACUGUUACUUUGGAAUGAUGAGCGAAUUUUUUAAAUACCUGCCAUGCUGCGACACUUUUUAUUAGAUAGCGGAGCAUUUUUCGAACGUUUCUCUAAUCGACGAUAAUGAAACGGUACUAAAUGAGAGGGCGAAUUGUAUUUUAAUCGAGUGGUUUUGUGAUUAAGGAAGGAAUAUUUGUUGUCAGUGUUAAAUGGUAAAAGUGUGCAAGAAGACGCAGAGAAAAUUUACAACCAGAAGAUACUAUGAUAUUGAUGGAACGAAAGUCUAGGAAUUAAUCGGAAGAUGAAGGUAAAACUUAGUUGAAUGUGUACGGUGUUAAUAUUACAAUAAGCGAAACUUUAAAAACAAGCAAAAGGAUUGAAGAAAUUAAUAAUUGAUAAAUAUAUUAUUUUCACAUCUUUACUACAUAUUCAUGUAUACACACACGUAGAUAACGAUAAGAAAUAACCAUGAUAGCGUUGGAAAUUACAAUAAUCAUGUAUAAAGCAUAAAGUUCUAUUAUUGCAUGCAACCUAAGUGCAAACUCGAAGAAUCUAAGAGCACAAAAUUAUCCGCCGAUUCCCGGAUAAAUAAGGAACGAAGGGGAACCGCGUGAUUGAGUGGAAAACUAGUAACGCGAGAACAAGAACAGACCGAAACGAACGGAGGAUCGAAUUCCGGAAGAAAGUAACUUUCCACGGAACUAAUUCCGCGCGAUUCGACAGACGAAUUUCUUUUUAACGAUCAACCAGAGAACACGGGGACUAUCGGUGUUUAAUUGCCGUUUCCCACGUUACGAAAUCGUCUCGUUGAUAUAAGCAUCGGCGAACGAGCGUUCGGAAAAGUAAUUGUCGGGAUAAGAGGAAUCGCGUCGCUUCUGAGAAGAAUAUGGAAUUCCGUGAAGCUUUGAUUGCGUGAUUGAUAGGCAAAGAAAUAGAAAUUAGAGCUAUGGUAAUCAAUCAUGAGAAUGCAGGGAAGGUGAAGGAAUAAUAAUAAUUUCGUAGCAAGUUUGAUGAAAUAUCUGGAAUAUCACGAGAAAGCUGCUUGGCUAACGAAGCAAAACGUUGAAUGAACUUUCGUUCCUGACCUCAUCCUAGACCUCUAUUCUUUCGUUUUAUCUCUUCUUCUGGACGAUAAGAUUACUUUUCUCGAGACGCGCUAGCUAAUUUCGAGAAAUAGCUGCUUUUUAAUUGUCCAGUCGUUCCUCGGCGAGCAUCCGCGAUGCCGUUGCGUGCGAGUCCGCUGUUGCAUUAUGCAACGGAAGCGACGAUUUAAUCGACCAGAGACGGCUUACACUGAAUCACUCCGAGAUUACCACUGGGACACUGGAGUUAGGGAUUCGACAAGGAAAAGUAACGAACAACAACGCUCGUGGUUAUCGAUCAUGCGUACGGCUAACGAUUCAAACGGACAACGAGAAAAUUGGAGAGAUCAAAGUACCUCGGGGGUUAUCACAUCCCUUAGUCACGAUCUGAUGAAGUGAUACGAAAAUAGACGAAAAAAGUGGAGCAGUGGUGUGCGAGAGAUGUGCGUAGAUCCGGAAGACAAUUUUAGUUGUCGAUUCCUGGAAUGUUCGCGCGUCGAAGGGGAUCGGAGAUCAAAUGGGACAAAAUUAAACAAACGCGGAGGAAUCGUCCAAUCGGCCGAAUCGCGCCACAGUGAGCUGGAUGGAUGAAUUUGUUUUCCCGUUACACCGGCCCCUCGAAUGCAACGCGACGAAAAAACGUGGAAUAAAAAGUGAAUAAAUAUUUGUGUGCGGUGUCAACUUUUUGAGCAAACAUUUGGGAUUUCGUGGCGGACGGUCCUUGCAGUGGGAACUCGAGUGGCAAUCGAGCGCGACAACGGCGAGACCGGACUUAAUAACGAAAUAACAGUGUCGAGACUGGAGAAAGUGAAAUCGCCGAGGUGCGCGUUCCAACACGAAGCCGUCGCAGUUUACCAGCAGCAGCAGCGUGCACAUCAAAAUGACGACGCGCGGCCUGAUCCUCAUUGCGCUGGUCUCAUUCUCGGAAGGUGCGUCGGCGUCGAAGAACCAAUUAAUAAAAUGCUGUCCGCCCGGAAAGGUGUUCUGGGGUAAAGCGGUUUGUAACCCGGUACCGGCGGACGCGACGGAACUUUACAGCGUGAAUUACGACGGCGUCAGCGACCAAUCGAAUGGAUUUCCGAUCUGCGAGGAACCGGAGGAUGUCGCUACGUCGCAGCUCUCCAGGCUGAACGGCACCGAUUUUCUGCAGCUGCCAGCCUGCAUAGAAAUUCUGCACGCGGAAUCCACAAACGAUGACACUCUGAUAGGCGUCGUUUGUCAAUCGAAAAAGUACGGGGACGAGGUACGGCUAAAGCGAACCUGGUUACAAAUGUUGAACGUGAGACGAUGUUGUCCGAAAAAUACGGAGUUCGAUUUGGAUACGAAAACUUGUCUAACGUCAUCGUAUGUAGCUGCUGACGCAAAUUUCACCGACUCUCGGGAGUUUUUGGAGUUGCUGCCUAAACCAUUGGGCGAAAUGGAGUUUUUGAACGUGCCCAAAGGCACGCCCAACUGUUUAUCAGGUGCGUUGGUUACCUACGAAAUUGGCGCCGACGACAUCAGCUUCGAGAACGGAUCUUUGUGGGUGACAGUGCCGUCAGAAAAGGAUUUUUACGAGAAAAUACCAGCAUCCAUGGAAGACACGUGCUUAGAAUUGACCCCGAAUUCCACGAUAAAUCGACGACUCGUAGUUCGAGUUUGCAGGAAGAAGGAAUUCUGUCAAAACCAUAGCUGCGUAAGGAAGUGUUGUCCAGAAGAUCAAGCUUUUGACAGUAAGAAUCGGUGUAGUAAAAACUCCUCCAUAACGACGCAGGCUUUUUACAACGAGGUUUUCACUUUCACGAAUCAAACCUGGAACAAUACAGGAAACGGUCUGCUAAUCGGUCGUAGCUGUAAAAAUUACGCAUAUAAGGCAUCCUUAAACGAAACGUACAUAACAUCGGAAGGAUAUGUUGUGUAUAAUAGUUAUAUUUUACAUAAACAUGACGAGUACUGCCUGGAUAUGUUUAUCGACGGAUUUCAACCAUUGCUAUGUUUUCCCGAAAAUACACCUGAUUACCCUAAGAUCAGAUAUACAAUCAAUAGCCUUCUAGAAGGAGUAAGUUGUGUCUUUUUGCUUUUGACGCUGCUAGUAUACAUUUAUUUACCUUCCCUUCAAAACCUACAUGGAAAAACUUUAAUGUGUCAUGCUGGGAGUCUACUGUUGUCUUAUAUUUGUCUUGCCAUAAUACCGUGGGUGACACCACCGGUCCGGGCUUCCGAAAACCCUACUGAAACCGCAUAUUGUGCUGCAAUAGGAUACACGAUGCUGUUCUCGCUCCUCGCCGCUUUUUGUUGGCUGAACGUCAUGUGUUUCGAUAUAUGGCGGACUUUCGGGAGGCUACGUGGAAAAGUCACCGGGGGUCAUUCUUAUGCUAGAAGAUUCCUUUUAUAUUCCAUAUACGCAUGGGGUUUGGCGUUGUUCAUCACUCUAUUUUGUAUCGUGGGCGACAGAACAUCUUUCUUAGGGGAAGCCAUGAAACCAAACUUUGGGGUAGCAAGAUGCUGGUUCAGAAACGACCAGUUUAUGUUCGGUGAAAUGAUUUUCUUCAGAGCGCCAGUCGCGAUACAGCUGAUAUCAAACGUGGUGUUCUUCAUUCUCACGUCAAGGCACUGUAGUAAGGUGAAAGCCGAGAUAAGAAGGGUGGCCGACCCAACGGAUCCCAGGAGCAAACGAUUUCACGCUGACAAAACUAAGUUGAUCAUGAAUGUAAAGUUAUUCGUCGUGAUGGGAAUCACGUGGAUCGCAGAGAUAGCGUCCUCCUUAAUGAACAAAUACACGGAUUACGAGUGGAAGGAAACUUUAUUCUACGGGAGCGACGCGAUAAACUGUCUUCACGGUGUGAUGAUAUUCAUUCUGUUCGUGUUGAAGCCGCGUGUGUACCAGGCCCUGAAAAGACAGUUGGGGUUCGAGAACAAAAAGAAAUGCUCCAGUCAGGGAACAUCUACGCUCAACGAUCCGGCCAAAGUAAAACAGAGCGCCAGCAACAGCACUCUAACCUCUAGUUUUGCGAAUAGCGUCGCGCCUUGACCGAUCCGGUUCUAUAUCUAACGUCCACUGAAACUGGGGAUGUUCCGAUACCCAGGGGGGCGGCAAAGAUAUUUGCUUCCCAGGCGCAAACACUGGUAAAGCUGUCAAUGUACUGCGUCCGCACUGAUUUUGGUCAUCUUGAAAUAUGUUGUUGGAGACAUGCUUUCAAACAACUUUUUUCUUUAUAUGUUGCUCACGGAAGGCUUUAGUUUCCGAGAUAAUCGCGAAAAACUUUUACUACCACUACAUUGAAUUCUAUGUACGUAAGCGCGUUUGUGAAACUACCUAAGCAUAGCCGGGUGGUUAUCACGUCGGCCACCACCUUCUCGAAUUUCAUAUGGGUACACUCAUAUACAAAAGUUUUGACUCAAUCGCAACAGUUUCAUACCUUAUCUGGUACAUAUAGGAAUGAGUUUCUCUCAGAUAGUAAAUAUCGGUAUAGGUAAAGCUAGUUUUGCUUGGGGCUGGGGGUUAGGCAUUUAGUGUGUAAUUGUCCAAAAUUCAUUUCAAUAUGAGUAUAACUUUUAUCGGGAAGAGUACAUGUAACCUGAGUAGAUCGAGGGCUGAUUGAUGCAAAUCACCGCCGUAGCAACGACUGUGUAGUAGCAGAAGUUUUUCACAAUUAUCUCGGAAACUAUAGCCUUCCGUGAGCAACAUAUAAAGGAAAAUGGUUAUCAAAAUUAUGUAACAACAUAUGUAAAAAUCAUCAAAAUCGGUACGAGCGUAAUAUAUCGACAGUUUCACGUAACCGUUUACCGGCCUGUCCUUAAAAACUUGAGUUUAAUGCAAGUGACAUUGCGAAGACCUUGCUUCGCUAUAAGGCAGUACGUUGUCACACUCUAUACUCUAUUAAUGAUUAUACUACCCUGCAUAAUUCAAACUAUACAAUAGGUGCAUCAAAUAAAUAUUAGAUAUUUGUUUUUGGCCGCCUGGGUGCGGUGCACCCCUUGCACUCUUGGAUCGGCGUGGCUCUGAGGAUACAAUUAACCCUUUGCACCCCUAUGACGAAUGUGACUCGACAUUAGAUCUAUUAAAAAAUGUGCUUUCCUGUCGAGACAUUUAGAAAUUAUUUUAUGUUAUUAUAAACGUGUUAAUAAAAAUAAUUGUUUACACUAUUUCCUAAUCAACUAUCUUUUGAAAUACAUUUCAAAUAAAACACUUGAAAGAAUAGAAAACUAUCGAAGAGAAAGUGUAAAAAGAAGUAGGGAUGUAAAGGAUUAAGUUGUGAAGAUGAUACAGCAAACUGAUUUACAAAAUUAACUUUAUUCAAAUCAACAGAUUGCUUUCUAUUUAAUAAAUUGAUAAUUUAUAUCGCAUAAUUCAUAACCGAAACUGAAAUUCAUUUUCAGCAAGAUUUACUUGUUACUGAAGUUAUACGAAUAUUAUAAAAUAAGUUCUUAUUAUUUACCUAUGACUACAAUAUACUGUUCUGAAUAUUACCAACAAAUACCAACAAAAGGAAAUGCUAGAAAUACAAGUAUAUGAAGAGUAUAUUAUACAAUGAGUACAAAGUAAACAUAAUAUGCAUAUUCGUAUCGAUACUCGUUUCAUUCGAUACAAAUGCACUUUUUCGAUACUCAAAGUGCAGUAAGAUCUUACUUAAGGGAUACCUUCUACGCGAAUCAAGCUCUAAAUAAAACUGCAUUAAAUGAGGUCACAUUAAUAAUUAAAUAAUAAGGAAAAGUGAAACAGAACAGCGAUUAAAAAAUAUAUUCUUUUGCAUAUGUGUAAUAUUGAAGCAGUAUUAAACGGAGCAGGGUUAAGAGAGAUCUUACUGUAUUCGGUAUCGAAUCACAAGUACCAGUACCUUACUCGUAUUUAAGUACUUAGAUCGGAACAUCCCUAGCUGGAACCACUGUUUCGGGUUCUUAACAUCUGACCAGGCAUAAAUAUCCCUGAGAAAACGAUCAAACUAUUCUGCUUUUUGUACCUUGCAACACUUUGUUCUUCUCUAUUUCUUCCUUCUUGUCCCUUUCCAUCUCUCUAUUUUUGUAAUAUUUGUUAGUUUCCUUUUUUUACUUUGUGUUUUAUACGCAGUCAACGAUGUAAUAAAGAUCGAUGAUGCAGUGGAUGAACGAAAUUUUUGACCUUGUGUAUUUAGCGUGAGAGUAACGAAUUUUUAAGUAUAUUAUUGUAUGGAGUUUUAUAAUUUUUGUUUAUGAAUGGACGUCAAGCAUGUCAUUUAUCGAUAAUUUAGGUACAAAGAUUUAAACGUUUUUAUAGGAAAGAAAGGGUGAGCGUGAAUCCUGAGAUUUAUGGAAAGCAUCAGGUUAUUGUUGAAGUUUUUGCAGAUUUUACAGGGUACGAACAAUAAUUGUUUUAAUUUCAAAGUGUUGUAUUUAAACAUUUUUAAUGUAAGUACCAAUUAGUUAGUGAAGUGAUAAUAAUAUAUUAUUCAGUGAAAUUAUAUAGUUGAAAAAACUUAUAUACUUCUUAUAAAUAAAGUUUAUUGUAUACUGGUUUAGUAUAAAGCCAUAUAAAGAUGGAUAAAGACUUCUAAAAUGACCUGGUAACUUUAUUUUGUAAAAGAAGAAUAUCAAUUGUUUUUAAUAAAAAUUAGAAUUUAGAUUAAUACUCCAAAAAUGAAAAUGUACAUCGUAGAUUUAUUUAAUUUUAUUGACUUUAAAAUGUAUCCAUUUUUUU